AUGCCACUCAAGUCGGAAAAGGCCUCAGAAGGCGCGGCACUUUCAGCGCUCAUGAGCACGUCCAUUUGGCUGGCAUCCCCUCACGCCGGGGAUGAAAAUGCCGCCUCAUGGCAACGACCAGCCCUCGCAAACCGCCAGCGUGCGACUUCAUCAAUAGACGGACAUGCCAGAAGUCCCUCCGCGACAGGUCCAGCUGCCACAGAGAAAGCGGUCUUGGAAGCCGUCUUCGCUAAGGCAAAUAAAUUGCCCAAAGGUGAUGCAGCAAGCUCUCCUCUUGCGGACAAGUUUCGCUCAGCAGCAGCAUUCUCAAUCGGGACUACUCUAGUGUCCUCGUUGUUUGCUGCUGCGGUAUGGAAAGCGACAGCGUGGGCCUUUCCGUCCUCGAACGCCGCUCCUACAGCCAUCAUCGGCUUUGUCGGCAUCUUGUAUCUCUGCCAUUCAUAUGUCUUUCAAUGGCUUCUACGAGAAUCUGAGGCGAACCUCCAGUCCCGAGUACGGGGAGCAACGGCUGCAUUUCUCGAAAGGCCGCUCACGGCACCAGCUGAAAUAGAGGCUGCACACUGGCUGAAUGACAUACUGGACUCCAUAUGGCCAUUUAUAAACCCGGACGUCUUCAAGUUACUCACGGACGUUAUGGAGGCCACCAUACAAGAUAAUUGUCCUCCGUUUGUCUCUGCCGUCAGUAUUGAGAGCAUGGGUCAAGGAGCACGACCAAUCCGACUUCGCGGGAUUCGUCGGCUUCCAAAGCAACCGCUUGGUGAGGACGAGGCUCCAACUUCUGGAGAGGUGUUCGACGACAUCAUUGCACUCAAGUCUGGUCUCAGAUCAAGAGCUAACACAGUGUCCACGAAUAGCAAGCGUGGUUCAGCUCAAGAGCUUAGAGACAAGCUUAAGAUGCUCCGCGAGAGAACCUCUGUGCACAUGGAGGUAGUCUUCGACUACGGAUGUACGGAGCGAGACCAAGACAACCACAAGCGCAUCCACUUCCUGCUUGCCUUCACUCUUGUUGGCGGGAUUCGGGUGCCGGUCUGGGUUAAUAUGCAAAAGAUUGUAGGCUGCCUCCGCGCUCGGGUACAGCUCAAGCCAGACCCACCCUUCGUCUCUACGAGUGUAAUCUCACUCAUGGGCAAGCCGGACGUCCAGUUCUCAUGUCAGCCUCUUUUCAAAAGCAGCUUGAAUGUAAUGAGUAUGCCACUGGUCUCCGACCUGGUCAGGCAGGCCCUUGACAAGGCACUCGCUGCCUAUACAUCGCCUCGAAGCAUUAGCAUCGACCUUGGCGCCAUAUUGGUCGGUGAUGCGACCGCACAAGAUGUCUCUCCGCUCGGAGCUAUGCUCUUGAAGGUGCACCGAGUUUACGAUGUCGAGUCGAAGUGGGCCGACGAUGAUCUUUGCUCCUUCCUCAGUGCUGGCUGGGCAAAAGAAGGGAAUCCACUCUACAUUUACCGCACGAUCAACAAUUGUACGUCGCCAAGAUGGGAGGAGAAUAGCGCGUUUACGAUAGAGCCAGAUGAUGUCAAUGCCCAGGAAUCGUUGAAGAUGGACUUCGUCAGAGUCGGCUCACUGGACAGUGAAGAAUGCCUGGGAUCCUUGCAAGUCCUACUCGCAGACCUUCUAUCUACACCAGAGUGCACCGGAAAGAUGCAAAGACGAAAUGAUACACUAUUAUGUCCAGAGGAUCAGCAUCCAGUGGCCAAGUUGGACUGGAGCAUCGGCUUCUUCCCCAAGACACAGAUCUCGCUAGAGCAGCUGAAACGGCAAACCAUCUAUCCUCCAGUCAAGAGCCGCGAGGAGUUUGAAACACGCAUCGAGGAGCAUGUUCGUUACAAAUUUCGCGAAGCUCCUGAUUGGGCUGAACAGGAAUACGAGCGCGAGAAAAUCGCAUCAGUGCGAGAAGCGGAAUUGAAAAUCAUGAACAGCCAGCCUCCGCUGCAAGACUAUCCAAGUGGUAUACUCCACGUGGAACUCCCAUCGAUGAACUUUCUCUCUGCUCUGAGAGCUUGCAGAGGAACAGAAGACUCUGAGGAGAUGACCUUUGAUGACGAGGACCCGGAUGCGCCAACCUCGUAUGCAAACAUCUACAUCAACCAAUAUCGAUGCACGCGAACCCUUAUCAAACCAAGAGACACCGACCCGGCUUUUGGCUCAAUGGACCACCGCUUUGUGCGUGACUGGAGGACAGCUGAAAUCAUUGUCACCGUACGAGACAAGAGGUUUCACAAAACGGAUACCUUGCUGGGGGCCGUCCGCAUCACUCUCGCGGAUCUCUUCCAACGGCAUCAAGCCUCUCGAGUCCAGCUUGGCUUUCCAAUCGAGGGAGGUGAGGGCUGUGGACUUGCGAACCUGACAGUGCUCUGGCGGGCCAUCGAGAUGAAUCCCGCCCCUGCUAUGAGAUCCUGGCAAUAUGGGACACUGAAGAUCAACGUGCCCAUCUGCGAUGAUGGAGGCACGCUGGAUGAUCUCAAACACGGACCUCUAACAGUCUGUUCUGUUUUGGAGGAAGUCAAGCUAUAUCCCAACCACAAUCUCAACCCUCUAUCCAAGGAUCCUCAGCAGCUAGCUUGGCUUCCCAAAGACAAACACAAGACCUCAAUUUCCUUUCCGAUCAAGAAUAAGUACUCUGAACGCCUCCUCCUGGCCUGGAUCUCCAAAUUGCCCUGGAAACAUGAUAGAUUCUCUGCUUAUGCUUUCCUGAAGCUGGAGGACCUGGUGGAACACGAGGAGACGAGAUUGAAGCUUCCAGUAUACGCUUUCCAUGGCAAGGGAAAGGAUGUGCAAGAGCUGGAGAAUGAUCUCUGGCCUGAGACACAUGCUGAUAAAGUUCCUAUGGGUUAUGUCGAGCUAGAGAUGAUAUUUCUGAGAGGGUUAACAAGUGAGCACGCGAAAACCAUGAAGAGUAAGGACGUGGACGAUAUUAUGGAUGUGGUAGGGGCUCUGGGACCGAAUCCUCAAUUGACAUUAGCUGGUUAA